AUGAGCGCUGCUACAACCGAGCGCCGCCACAAACGGGAGCGGGAAGCCUACAGACGGAAAGCUAUAGCAAAAGCCGGGCAGCGUAUGAAGUUUGUAACUCCAAACGCGAGAGGCACACGCAGGAGCUCAGUCUCAGCGUUCUGCUGGCCGGACUCCGGCCCCGCGCUCCCAGCCGCAGCACAACGCCGGGCACGGCCGCUGGCCGCCCAGCGGCCCUUUCUCGUUCCGAGGACCCCGCGGCAGCGCUCCUCGGCUCACGGGAACGCGGGGCCGCGCCACCUGAGGGAGAGCGCAGCCCCCCGGCCAGGCACGAAGCGCUCCAGCUCCUCAGCAUUCCCCUCGCCCAGAAAGUUUCCCUGCUCUGUUUACCAGCUCCGCGCACGCCGCCUGCAGAGGCUCCCCCGGCGCGCCCCGCCGCCACCGGACUCACGGGCGCUCCGAGCGGCGGGGGGGGAAGGAGGAGGAGAAGGAGACGAGGGGCACAGCCCCCCCGGGCAGGACCCCGCGGCGGGAGGCAGCGGGGCGGGGAAGUUCGGCGGCGGCCCUGCCCCGCUCGCGGCUCCGCUUUUGUGCAGGGGGUGCCCCCCCCCGCCACCCCGUCCGGAGCAGCUCCGAGCCCCGCCGACACCCCGCUGCUCGCCGGGGGGGGGGUCUAGGGGGGCCGCGCGCGGCGUUACCUGCGAGGAGAAGGAGCCCGCGCGGCAUCUCCCCGCCGGGUGCGAAACUCUCCGGCCGGCGAGCCCCAGCCGGAGCGGCCGCCGGGGGAGGGGCCGCCGCUUCGCCUCCGGGAAACAUCCCCGCAGCCCAUUGGCCGCGCCACCGCCCCACCCCUCCUUCUCCCCGCCCCCUCUCCCCGCCCAUUGGCGGCGCGGCGUGACGCGCGGCGGGCCGGGCUGA